AUGAACAAAUGGUUCGAGAGCGAUGUGCUAAAGGCGACCCUGGGCACCGAUGGUGUGAUCGGUUUUGCAGCUAGUCCUUAUGACGUUGGAACAGGCUACGUCCUGCUCCAUCAUGUCUUGGGAGGGCUGGACAAUCGAUCAGGCACAUGGGGAUAUGUGAUGGGAGGGAUGGGGGCGGUAUCUGAAGCGAUUGCAAAAGCAGCAAGAAGUCAUGGCGCCGAGCUGUUCACCGAUCAGGAGGUGGCGUCCAUUCUGACAGACAACGGAACAGUCAAGGGAGUAACCCUCUCGAACGGCAGUGAAGUCCAUGCCAACACGGUCUUGUCAAAUGCCACGCCUCGAGUUACAUUCGAGAAACUGCUGCAUAAAUCCGAUCUACCCGUGGAAUUUCUGAACGCUGUGAAAUCUAUUGACUAUACAUCUCCUGUGACAAAGAUUAACGUGGCCGUACGGGAACUGCCUUCGUUUUCCUGUCGACCGAAUAGUUCCAACACUCCGCAGCCUCAUCACCAAACCACAAUUCACAUCAAUUGCGAGAGCAUGAGCAUGGAUGUCGUCCACGAGGGCGUUAAUGACUUCCGUGACGGUCAGUGGAGUCGAAGGGCCAGUGAUUGA